AUGGAGGUUUGGUUUCUUCUUGAUGCAUCCAUAUUGGCAAUAAUCAGCAAACCAACACUUGCUGUAAUCUUCCAACCAAGCCCUUGGCAGCUUUCUCAUGCCACCUUCAAUGGUGACGAGACUGCCUCCGAGACCAUGGGGGCAGCUUGUGGGUAUGGAAAUUUGUUUGUAAAUGGAUAUGGAACAGAUACAGUAGCCUUGAGCUCAACUCUGUUCGACAAUGGGUACGCUUGUGGGAGCUGUUACCAGAUAAAGUGCUAUCAAUCCAAGUGGUGCUUUAGUGGGGUCCCAUUCACCACAGUCACAGCUACAAACCUCUGCCCUCCAAACUGGUCUCAGGACUCUAACAAUGGUGGGUGGUGCAACCCACCUCGAGUCCACUUCGACAUGUCCAAGCCUGCUUUCAUGAAGAUUGCUCAGUGGAAGGCCGGCAUUGUCCCUGUUAUGUACCGCAGGGUACCGUGCAUAAGAAGUGGAGGGCUUCGAUUUUAUUUCCAAGGAAACGCGUAUUGGUUGCUGGUGUAUGUAAUGAACGUGGGAGGUGGAGGAGAUAUAACUCAGAUGUGGGUGAAAGGAAGCAAAACAGGGUGGAUAAGCAUGAGCCAUAACUGGGGAGCUUCGUACCAAGCUUUUGCAACUCCGGGAAGCCAAUCUCUUUCUUUCAAAAUCAUCUCCUACUCAACAAAGGAGACUAUAAUUGCCUGGAAUGUUGCUCCUGCAAACUGGGCUGUGGGAUUGACUUACAAAACCAAUGUCAACUUCCAUUGAUGUAAAUUCUUUCACAAAUGGCUCUUCUUCUUCUUGUUCUCAAUACACUACUACAGUAUUUUGUUAAUCACUUCGUUUAUGGAGAAUCUCACUGUCUCCUUAU